AGAUAUUGAAUAGGAAAAUGUGAAUUCUGUAUUUGAAGAAUCGUCUCAUUAAUAGAUAUAAUCUCAAAACCCACCUCCUUCUAUAACUUUAGAAAAUGAAUAAGAACCAUAUUCACAAUUAUUGCAAAGUAUGAUAGUGAAAAAGAAGGAAAAGUUAUAGGUAAUUUAAUAAGACAUUGGAAUGCUUGAUUACUCACCAAUAAAAUAGGAAUCGAAAUCAUAAAUUUCAGAAAUAAUAGAAUCAGUAGAACCUUUCAAUUUGGAUUUCGAAUCGUCUUCGUCUUCAGAAGCAAUUUAAUGGAACUAGGAAUAUAGUAUAGAUAGCAAAGGCGAAAUUUUGGUAACUGGGAUUGUUAAUUGACUUU